AAACUUUUCCCUAUCCCAACACAAAACCAUGGUUGAACAAGAAAUUGAAGCAUUGAAGGGCAAGAAGUACCCUGCAAAGCAACAUUGUAGAAAUGUGUGCUCACAUUUCACCACCAAGAAACCAAAUGCCAAGUCGGCUGGCCACUAUUUCUUCGUUAGUGGUGAAAGAGAAGUGUUGUACCAGUAUUCUGAUCAAGCCAAGCCUUUUAGACAGAACAGAUACUUUUUUUACUUGAGUGGUUGUGAUAUCCCAGGAGCUCAUGUCAUAUAUAAUUGUGGUUCCGAUUCGUUGACGUUAUAUUUACCAGAAAUCGACUACGAUGAUGUGAUGUGGUCAGGAAUGCCAUUAUCUAUCGAUGAAGCAUACGCCAAAUUUGAUGUCGACACGGUUAAAUACGCCAGCGAAUUGGAGAAGGACGUGGCUGCUUUAAGCAGUAACCAAAUCUUCACUACCGAUAUCAACGACAGUAACAAAGCCUUCAGUCAUGCUUUGACGGCUGGAGACCCGGACUUGUUCUAUGCUCUCGAUGAGUCUCGAUUAAUCAAGGAUGAGUACGAAAUCGAGUUGAUGAAACACGCCUCGAAAAUGACUGAUAACUGCCACUUUGCAGUCAUGUCUGCUCUUCCCAUCGAGAAUAACGAAGGACAUAUACAUGCUGAAUUCAUGUACCAUGCGUUAAGGCAAGGGUCCAAGUACCAAUCUUAUGAUCCUAUAUGCUGUAGUGGACCCAACUGUUCAACUCUUCACUAUGUGAAGAACGAUGAUGAAAUGGCCCAGAAGAGAUCGGUCUUGAUCGAUGCUGGUUGUGAGUGGUCGCUCUAUGCGUCGGAUGUCACCAGGUGUUUCCCAAUUAAUGGUGAAUGGACUAAGGAACACUUGGAAAUCUACAACAUUGUUCUCAAGAUGCAAAAGGCCACCAUGGACAUGAUCAAACCUGGUGCCUCGUGGGAUGAGUGUCACUUGACGGCUCAUAAGGUGAUGAUUUCUGAGUUCUUGAAGUUGGGAAUCUUCAAAUCUGAGUACACGGCUGAAGACAUCUACGACUCGAAAGUCAGUGUUCGGUUUUUCCCUCAUGGUUUGGGCCACUUGCUUGGAAUGGAUACCCAUGAUGUGGGAGGAUAUGCCAACUACCAAGAUGAGAAUGUGUUGUUGCAAUACUUGAGAUUGCGUAGACCAUUGCAAAAGGGUAUGGUUAUUACCGACGAACCUGGUGUUUACUUUUCCCCCUUUUUAUUGAAAGACGUUUUGGAGACCCCUGAGAAGAUGAAGUUCAUUGACAAAGAGGUUUUGGACAAGUACUGGUACAUCGGAGGAGUGAGAAUUGAAGAUGAUUUGUUAAUCACGGACGAUGGAUUUGAAAACUUCACCAAAAUCACCUCUGACCCAGCUGAAAUCUCCAAGAUAGUAAAGGCCGGUUUGGCCAAAGGAUCCUCUGGUUUCCACAACGUCGUAUAAGUACAUUUUAUCUUUAUUAGUGCCAAUAUAUAUCAUAACAGUAAAAGCUGGAAUG